GGGGGCGUCGCACGCAGGGGCCCCGAGCCUGAGGAGGAGGAGGGUGUCUCCCAGACCAUCAUUUUCCCAGCUACAGGUAAUGCGGAUGGGGAACUGGCGACUCUGAGGAGCACUGGGGUAUGUAGCGUGGGACUGGAAGGCAGGCAGACCUGGCUUUGAAUCCCAGACCUGCCACUCAACUGCCUUUGCAACAGUGGGCCGAUUCCUAACCCCCCCUGGGCCUCUGCCUCAUCUAUGAAAUGGGCAGUAAUGCCUGCCUCUCAGGAUUCAAGGAGAUGGUGUAUUCAGAGUGCACGGCUCAUAGGAGGGAUUAGGGGGAUUUUCGCCUGCGAGGCUAAGGGUCUCAAGACACAGAGAUAUCUGGGUGUGGGCCCCUUGCUGCCACCUUUCCUCUAAUUUCUGCCCUUGCUCCCUGCUCCAAACCUUGUUUCUUUAGCCCCAAGUAGCUGGCACUUGAGAAGACAUCAGGGAUGCAGGGAAAAGAUUAGUUGGGAAACUUUUCUGGGAUACUUAGUUCCACCUUCUCUUGCGCUGCUGUCUCACUUCCCCUUGUUCCACAGACUCAAUGAGUAAAGGCCUCCUCUGGGUGGACUUUCCUGUAACCCGGCCCACCUUUCUUUUAGGGAGGACCCUGCCUCCCUGUUCUUCAGUCCCCAUGAAGCACAGUGCCCGCUGUGAGGACCAGCGAGCUGCGGGAGAGCUGGCCCAGGAGGCUGAGAAGGGCCUCUUCACAUAUAUGUUCCGACCAUCCCAGAACACACGCAGCCGCCAGGUGACUUCAGCCCAGCUGUGGUUCCAUACAGGACUGGACAAGCGGGGCAUAGCAGCCUCCAACAGCUCUGGGCCCCUGCUAGGCCUGCUGGCCCUGUCAUCUGGGGGUCCCAUGGCGGUACCUAUGUCACUAGGCCAGGCACCCCCUCGCUGGGCUGUGCUGCACCUAGCCGCUUCCGCCCUCCCUCUGCUGACCCAUCCGGUCCUGGUCCUCCUGCUGCGAUGUCCUCUGUGUUCCUGCUCAGCCCGGCCUGAGACCACGCCCUUCUUGGUGGCCCACACACGGGCCAAGCCACCCAUCGGAGGGGAAAGAGCCCGACGCUCCACUCCCCUGCUGCCCUGGCCUUGGUCUCCCACUGCACUGCGCCUGCUGCAGAGGCCUCCAGAGGAACCUGCUGUCCAUGCUCACUGCCACAGAGCAGCCCUCAACAUCUCCUUCCAGGAGCUGGGCUGGGAUCGGUGGAUCGUGCACCCUCCCAGUUUCAUCUUCCACUACUGUCACGGGGGCUGUGGGCUGCCCACCCAACCAGACCUGUCUCUGCCAGUCCCUGGAGCUCCCCCUACCCCUGUCCAGCCCCUUUCUCUGGUGCCAGGGGCCCAGCCCUGCUGUGCUGCUGUCCCAGGGACCAUGAGGUCCCUACGUGUCCGCACCACCUCAGAUGGGGGUUACUCUUUCAAGUAUGAGACAGUGCCCAACAUUCUCACGCAGCACUGUGCUUGUGUCUAAGGGAGUCCUGCUGGUGGUCAAGCCCCGUCUAUCACCUGCUGGGAGGAAGGGCAGAAUUCAGAAAAUAGAUGUUUCCCAUUUCCCCUCUCCUUCCACUUCUCUGCCUGAGAGCUCCCCUCCUGCCCCACCUCUGCGACAAUAAACAACCCA